AACAACCCUAGUCAGCUGUUACUGUUGGUUUUCGAUUGAAAUUUUGCACAGCAAAAUUAAAUUUUUAAACAUUUAGACAGUAGGUCAAUUGAUAUUUUGUGCAAUCCACACACAAUUGUCUUACGUACAAUCAACAACAUGUCGAUGCUGGCUAGACAACUGGGAAGGACCGUAGUGCAGGCGGCGGCGGUGCGCAGACUGCAUGUUUCGGCGGCAGUCGCUGGUCAGGAUAGCGCCUACAGUGCCAAUAGAACCACCUGCACUCUGAUACCCGGUGAUGGUGUUGGUCCCGAGCUGGUUUAUUCAUUGCAGGAGGUCUUCAAGGCAGCAAAUGUGCCCGUGGACUUUGAAUCGUACUUCCUGUCGGAAAUCAAUCCUGUGCUGAGCGCCAAGCUUGAGGAUGUGGUGUCCUCCAUUCAAAAGAACAAAGUUUGCAUUAAAGGUAUUUUGGCCACACCCGAUUAUAGCAACGAGGGUGAACUGCAAACGCUCAACAUGAAACUGCGCACGGAACUGGAUUUGUAUGCCAACGUGGUCCAUGUGCGUUCAUUGCCCGGCGUGAAGACGCGUCACGACAACAUCGAUACGGUCAUCAUUCGUGAACAAACCGAGGGUGAAUAUUCCGCACUCGAGCACGAAUCGGUGCCCGGUAUUGUCGAGUGUCUGAAGAUUGUCACUGCCAAGAAAUCGAUGCGUAUUGCCAAGUUCGCCUUCGACUACGCCACCAAAAACAAUCGCAAGAAGGUGACGGCUGUGCACAAGGCCAACAUCAUGAAGCUGGGCGAUGGUCUGUUCCUGAAGUCAUGCGAGGAGGUCUCCAAACUGUACCCCCGCAUUGAGUUCGAUAAAAUGAUUGUGGACAACACGACCAUGCAAAUGGUGUCGAAUCCCAAUCAAUUCGAUGUGAUGGUCACCCCCAAUCUGUAUGGUGCCAUUGUUGAUAAUUUGGCAUCUGGUUUGGUCGGCGGCGCUGGCGUCGUUGCUGGUGCUUCAUACUCUGCGGAGGCUGUGGUAUUCGAGCCGGGUGCACGUCACACCUUCGCCCAGGCUGUGGGCAAGAAUCUUGCCAACCCAACGGCAAUGCUGAUGUGCGGCACAAAGAUGUUGCGUCACAUCAACUUGCCCACAUACAGCGAGGUCAUCCAAAAUGCUAUCAACCAAGUGCUCAAGGACGGUAAAGUGCGCACCAAGGAUUUGGGCGGUCAAUCGACCACGGCGGACUUCACACGCGCUGUCAUUGCCAAUCUGCACUAAGACAGUUGUAACCACAACUCAAUAGCUGACUCAAUACCGAAAGUUUGAUGCCAAUCCCCCAAUUAUUUGCCUAAAAAUUGAAGAAUAUGUUUCAAAUUUUUAGUUCACUUUCAUUCAGUAUGUUUGUCUCUCCCAUUAUUGCAUAAUUUGAGUAUUAUAUCUGGCGAAUAUUUAAGUUUAGACCAAUUGCCUCGCCCCCCUCCCAAAAACGAAAUCCCCAAAUUUCCUCCCUCCAAAAACUAUUCAUAGUUUAACAAAUUGGCAGUAAAGUUUAUUAUUAUUUUUUGUGAUUAUUAAUAUGUAUAUGUAUUAUAAUUUUGUGCAAAACUCAAAUUGUACUCGAAUUUUGCCGUCAACAUAUAAUCGUUUAUGACAAACCAAAAUCUAAACAUAAUGCAAAAUCAACUACUUAAUUUACAACUCAAAAAUUAUAACGAGAAAACCACGUAUGUCAACCACAAAUGGUGAGAAAAAAAACUACAUAAAUAAAUCAAAUGUUAUCAGCCAUUCAUGACAAGUGACCUGGCUAAAUGAAAAUAAUAUAAA